AUGGAGAUAUACAAAAUUACCUCGCCCAAAGAGUGGACGUAUUUCGCCAAGGGAUCCGCCAACAUCCUCUUCAAAUACACAGGCACCAACGACUACUUGCGCCACAAACUACUCCGACUAAGACUCAUCAAGGAAGACGAGGAAUACAUCUCAACCUGUGAACUUUAUGACUUUAUCGAGUUAAAGUGCAAACACUUGUUUUAUGCACCACAACAAAUCAUCAUCGACAUCCAACUCGUAGUACUAACAACAGACUUUGUCGCCGAGUUGGACAGCCACGGAAACCAGCUACAAUUGAAGGAACGAUACGGAUUGCUAUUGCCAAACAUCCUAGAUGGAGAAUGCACCAAGAUCUCACUCUCCAAAUUAUGCCAAUUGUAUGUCAAUUGCGACGAUCCAACAACAACUUGUUCUCACGCAAAUUCAAAUAAAGCUAAGGAGUUGAGUAAUGGUAAUGGUAAUAACAAUACACUACUACCACCACGCAUCAUCUCACCAUCACUGAAAAUCAACUCGAUAAUAUUUGAAAUCAAACCCAAAUGGCUCUACGACAACACCCUGCAAAACUAUUGCCGCACAUGCUCCCACAACCAACUCCGCCAUUUCAAACGACAUUUCUGUCCCUUGGACUUGCUCUACCCUGAAACACUAGAACAAGGCCUCGACGAUAUAUUCAGCUACAUCCCCAGCGAAGUCAACAAACUAAUCGAAACAAACGAGUUCCCAUUAAGACAAUUAUUCCUCACAUACUUGCAAAACCCCAACAACGUAUUCCUCAAACUCAAACAAUACCAAAAAAUCAACAAUAAAAACGACCUCAUAGAAAACUUAACCUCACAAAAAGACGUGUCGCAGAACUUGUCCUUGGUAAUGACACUACGCGACGUUGGCCUAUUCCUCAAGUUUGAAAAAUACGAUCCGUUAAAUGACGUGCACAACUCACACAAUAACGUCAAUAAUCUAAUAACACUACCACCAAAAAGAAGAAGAACUACAACUACAACUACAACUACAAGUACAACACAAAAUGGUAGUGGUAAUACUGAAGAGAGUUUGCUGGAAGAAAAAUACUUGAUAACAUGCAAUAUCUACGACUUGGACUUGAAAUCAACAAUGAAAUACAAACAUUGGCUCAAGGUAGAAAAUGACUUGCAGGAAAUAUACAACUCAACAAACCCCAACUGGAGACAUUGCAACCGGGUUGGACAAAGUAUGGGAUUUUCUGAAGCAAAAAAAACAAGGCAAAGAGACAAGUAA